CUGGGUGAUUUAGGCAGACCGGGAGAUCAACAAUUAUAGGCUACGGCACAUUCCAUAUUUCAGCAUGACGGUGCGCUUGCUCGAUUCAGCAUUUAGGGCAUGGAGGUCUACGAUGUAUGAAAGCGCUGCAAGAAGAUGUUGAGUACCGUUCGAAGGAACAGACCAGCGGGAGGCUGUCAAUGCAGCGUGGGACGCUGUAACGGGCUCCGGAUGUCCCGUGUUCGACUGCUUCUCAUCUGUUUAUGCGGGAUGCUGGCCAUGGCUCUAGCCCUUGGGGUUUCCCUCUCAUCGUUUGAACAGAGCGACGAUGAUCUUAUUCAUGGUGACGACAGUAUACAUUUUCGUGAGCCAGACCUUUUAAGGGACAAGUUGAGUCAUAAACCCAGUAGACCCACCAUCGCCCAAGUCAAGCGGCUGGUGGCUCUGGUGAAAGGAGGAAGGCUGUGGUAUUUUCAUCUGAGACCAAUGUUGGUUGAGAGAUUGCCAGGCACUAAAGGCAGCCGCAUGGUGCGAGAGCACAUCUAUUCCCAUCUGGAGUCGCUCUCAGCCGGUUGGUCAUUGGAGAUUGACACUUUCAACUCACCCACCCCGAAGGGACCAAUCAACUUCUCCAACGUGCUGGCAGUUCUGGACCCCUCAGCCCCUCGCCGCCUGCUGCUGGCCUGCCACUAUGACUCCAAAGACAUCCCUGCCAACUCGAAAACCCCCGACGGUCCUCUCAGGAGAUUUCUAGGGGCCAGUGACGCUGCUGUUCCGUGUGCUAUGAUACUGGAGAUGGUCACCGCUCUGGAUAUACACCUCAGAGGGCUUAAACAACAGAUGUCACAGGUGACCUUGCAGUUGGUGUUCUUUGAUGGGGAGGAGGCGUUUGGGGAGUGGACCCCGGCAGACUCUCUUUACGGCUCACGUUACCUCGCUGACCAAAUGUCCCGCAACCCACACCCAUCUGGAGCUAAAGACGCCAACCUCCUACAGGCCCUGGAUCUAUUUAUUCUGUUCAAUCUCAUUGGUGCCCCGGACCCAACGUUCAUCAGCCAUUUCGACGACACAGUCCGCUGGUUUGAUCGACUCAUAUUUAUUGAGAAGAAGCUCCACAAGCUGGGUUUACUGGCCUCCCACCCCAGAGAGCAGAGCUACUUCAGGAAGGACAUUCAGAUGGGUCCGGUCGACGACGACCACCUGCCCUUUCUGAAAAAGGGUGUUCCCGUGCUGCAUAUGAUCGCAACGCCCUUCCCUUCCUUUCUGCACACUCUGGAGGACACAACGCAGCACAUCCAUUCUGCGACUGUGGAGAACUCAUCAAGGUAGUGGUGGUGUUCCUGGCUGAAUACCUGGGGCUCUGAUCCAUUAGGAAUAAUGUCCAAGGACUGUUUAGAACUUAUGUUAUAUUCAUUCCAAUUGGUUUGGUAUAGAUCAGAAACAUUCUCAAACAACAGCUACUGUAAUGUUAUUUAUAUGGUUAAACCAUACCAGUAAGUAUGUGGUGUUAAAGUGCGAACUGUAACAUGAUGUUGAAGACGUUCAAGAUAAUGAUGUAUGUAGUUGGUGAAAAUACUUUAAAUUAUGUAAUAUCCCUUUUCCAACCACUCAGACUUUAAAAUAGAAAACACAUUGAGUGUAACCAAAUGUAUUGAUGUCAGUGCAUCUAUUAGUGCACAUAUAAAGUAAAGAUAAUGCAUUUUAUCUUAGUGCCAAUCUCUUAUGAAAGAGUCCUAGAAACUCCAAUCAACUUAAAACCUUAGCCCUAUACUUAGUAAAUAGAG